AUGCAACGCCUGGUGGCCUGGGACCCAGCAUGCCUCCCCAUCCAGCCGCCCGCCUUUAAAUCCAUGGAAGUGGCUAAUUUCUAUUACGAGGCGGACUGUCUGGCUGCUCUGAGCAAGGUGCACCCGCGGGCGGCAGGGGGCCGCUCCAUGACUGAGUUCACCGUAGGGGACCACGAGAGAACUAUCGACAUCAGCCAUUACCUGGACCCCUUAGCAUCCCAGCCGCCGCCGCCGCAGCAGCAGCCUCCUCCUGCAGGAGCAGCAGCAGGGGGCAACUUUGAGCCUCCCUGCAGCAGCAACGGCAGCCAAGAUUUCCUCUCCGACCUCUUCUCCGAGGACUAUAAAGGCGGCAGCAAGAAGCCCGACUACACCUACAUCAGCCUGCCCAGGCACUGCCACCCGGGCGCCGGCCAGGGCCAGAAGCCCGGGGGGCUGCUGACCUGCUUCCCGCCCCAGAUCGUGGAGACCAAAGUGGAGCCGGUCUUCGAGUCCCUGGACUCUUGCAAAGGGCCCUGUAAGGAAGAAGGAGGCGCGGGGCCGGGGCCGGGGGGCAUGUCCUCCCCCUACGGCAGCACCAUGCGCUCCUACCUCGGUUACCAAUCGGUGCCAAGCGGCAGCAGCGGCAACCUGUCCACCUCGUCCUCUUCCAGCCCCCCCGGCACCCCCAAUCCGUCCGAUUCCUCCAAAUCCGGCGGCGGGGGCUACGCCGGGACCCCCGGGGGCAAGAACAAGUCCAAGAAGAGCGUGGACAAGCACAGCGACGAGUACAAGAUCCGCCGGGAGAGGAACAACAUCGCGGUGCGCAAGAGCCGGGACAAAGCCAAACUGCGCAACCUGGAGACGCAGCACAAAGUCUUGGAACUGACCGCCGAGAACGAGCGGCUGCAAAAGAAAGUGGAGCAGCUCUCCCGGGAGCUGAGCACCCUCAGGAACUUGUUCAAACAGCUGCCCGAGCCCCUGCUGGCCACAGCUGGCCACUGCUAG